AUGGCUUCUAGCAGAGAGUAUGACUUGGUUCUACUCGGAGUAACUGGGUACACUGGACGGCUCUGCGCUGAGCAUAUCGUCACAAACCAUCCGACCGAUCUGAAAUGGGCUGUCGCAGGCCGCUCGGUAAAUAAGAUCGAGGGCAUCGUUCAAGAGCUCAAAUCACUCAAUUCUGACCGCCGUACACCAGAUGUACUUCCUCUUCAAUUGAACACUGACGAGCUAAAUGAAAUCGCUCAGAAGACAAGACUGAUAAUAAAUUGCAUUGGCCCCUAUCACCUAUAUUCGACACCUAUUGUAGAAGCUUGUGCCAAAAAUGGUACUCAUUAUGUGGAUGUGACUGGUGAAACACCGUGGAUCAAGCUGAUCAUUGAAAAGUAUCAUGAAACUGCCAAAGCCAAUGGCGCUAUUAUCAUCCCUUCUGUUGGUAUGGAAAGUGCACCGCCAGAUAUCCUGGCAUGGGCUCUUGUCAAACGAAUCCGCGAGGACCUUUCGUCGCAGACUCGCGAGAUCCAAAGCUGCAUCAAGGAGAUAAAAUCUUCUGGUGCAAGUGGUGGCACUCUUAAUACCAUCCUUAGUAUCUACGACUGGCUUCCCAUUUCUGAUCUUGUCAAAUCAUUCGGACCAUUUGCGUUGACCGGAUCCGGGCCACUCAAGCACGUUCCAAGCGAACCUCUCCUCACCAGAACUCUUGGUGUGCAGUCAGUACCCGACCUAGGAACCCUAACUACAUCCCCCAACGGCAUCGCCGAUAUGGCCAUUGUGUACCGCAGCAGCGUCCUAAUGCCCGAGCUUUACGGCAACCACUUUGUUUUCCGCCAGAAGCUCUCCGUGAGUAACGCUUUGAGAGGUGUCCUAUUGCAUAUCGCUAUCAAUCUUUUCUUGGCUGUAUUGGCGAUACCGCCUGUGCGCUGGCUGCUGCGCAAGGUGGUCUUUGCCCCUGGCGCAGGUCCGACAAUGGAAGACUCUCAGAAUGAUCAUACAGAGUAUAAUGCUAUCGCGACUGCUGAUCAGAACACACCGAACCCGAAGCGCGCAUUCGGCAAGCUGACAUACAAAGGCACAAUGUAUGUACUUACGGGUGCCCUUGUCUCGGAGGCUGCGAUGGUUAUUCUCAAUGGAGAGGAGAAGGUCCGGAAGGUUUCUCGUGGUGGUCUGGUUACCCCUGCCACGUUGGGACAGGACUAUAUUGACCGCCUGGAUAAGGUUGGCGUUCAUAUUGAAACUAAGAUCUGGGAUUAUUGA